UCUCUCUCUCUGUCUCUCUCUUCUUUUCUUCUUAUCUUGUUUUUCUCUCUUCUCGCGCAUUGUUUCUCUCUCUUAAACAGACCGAACAACCCGCGACGGAGGCUCCGACCCGAAUCGGACGAGUCGACUCCAGCUCCGAACACUUUCAGGUGCUUGUGCGCCAAUCGCAUUUCGCUCCCAUUUUCGCCGAUUUUUCUUCUUCUCGUUUUAGCCAUUGACGCCGAAUCUGUUUGAGAUUUUAGGGUUCUGAAGUUUCUGCGUCUGACUCUGGUGGAUAUAUAUUUGGAGGAGGGGGGGUAAGGUACAGGAUUAGGGUUUUCUGGGAGGGAAAAAAGAUAGGAUAUAUUUGGGACUGGAAAGAGGGUUAGGGUUAGAGGAUAAUGUGUAUACUGUGUGUGAUUCAGAAGUGGUCUCGCCGGGUUGCUACAAUGCUGCCUUGGUUGGUUAUUCCGUUAAUUGGUCUCUGGGCGCUCUCUCAGCUUCUGCCGCCCGCUUUUCGAUUCGAGAUUACUUCGCCUCGUCUUGCUUGUGUCUUUGUCUUGUUGGUUACUCUCUUUUGGUAUGAGAUUUUGAUGCCUUGGCUGUCAGCUUGGCGUGUGCGGAGGAAUGCUAGGAUUAGGGAGAGGAAGAGGUUUGAGGCCAUAGAAAUGCAGAAGUUGAGGAAGACAGCUACGAGGCGGUGCCGCAACUGCUUGAGUCCCUAUAGGGAUCAGAACCCUGGUGGGGGUAGGUUUAUGUGUUUUAACUGUGGCCAUGUAUCUAAGAGACCGGUUCUAGACUUGCCUGUGCCGCCGGGGUUGGGGAUUUCUAAUUCCAGUAUAGUUAAGGACUUGGUUGGAAAAGGUGGCAAAAUAUUGAAUAGCAAGGUUUGGUCUGAAAAUGGAUGGAUGUGCGGUCAGGACUGGUUGGAGAAUGGAAAUUGGGUUGGUGGGUCUGUUCCAGGUAAUCCUAGCAACUGGAGGACGAGUGAGAAUGCUGGUGUUUUUGGAGGAGAUGAGCAUUGUUUGACGGAGAGGUCUUAUUGUGGUCUUUUGUUUUUGGUUUGCAAGCUUUUGACAUCUUUCUUCAAGAGCAUUAGAUGGCUCUGGGGAAAGGCUUUUACAGUUAGUUCAAGGGAAGAAUGCCCUUCUGAUGCUGAGGCACUCUUAGCUAAAAGGGGUGAAAAUGAGGCAAGCCUCAAUGAAAGUAGAGGGGAAAAAGCACGUAGGAAAGCUGAGGAGAAAAGGCAGGCUAGGCUAGAGAAAGAACUAUUGGAGGAGGAAGAGAGAAAACAGAGGGAGGAGGUUUCAAGGUUAGUGGAGGAGCGUAGGAAACUGAGAGAUGAAAAAGUGGAAGCUGAAAAAGAUCACAGCAGAUCAUCAAAUCUCAGUAAGGAGAAGGACCGUCAGAAGGAAGCUGAAAAGAAGCGUCAGGAAAAAAGAAAAGAGAAAGAUAAGGGGUCUAGUAAGAGCAACUCUGAUGUUGAAGAAUUGGAAAGAAGAGCUGGCAAGGAAAGUGAACGGAAGCGGGAUUUCGACAAAAAGAGUGAAAUGGAUCGUAGGGAGCAUCAGAAAUCUGGGUUAGAGAGUGGCAAGGGACAGAAUACCAACAAUGCACAAAAUAAAAAUGUCACUGCAAACAAUUAUAACCGAGGAGGUACUGGAACAAGGUAUCUUGACCGCAUGCGGGGCACAAUUUUGUCCUCUUCAAAAGCAUUUGGUUUUGGUAGGGGUAUUAAUGUUCCUAGCACUGUGGUGAAAGAAAACAAGUUUAAUAGUUCUGUAGAUCAUGUUCAUAGCAGGAGAGAAAUAUGUCCUCCUGAGCGUCCAGCUGCAAAAUCCAAUGUAAAUGGAGAUGAUAGGAAUAUCAAUCACCCUGUACUCCCUGAACCACAACCAUGGACAGCAGCACCUAAAAAGUCAUGGCAGCAAUUAUUUACUCGAUCUUCACCUGCUCCUCAAUCUUCAAAUUCAAAUGUAAUAUGCAGGCCAAAUUCCAAAAUUCAAGCAGAAGUCAAAAGCCCUCAGUUGUCUGCCCAGUCACCAGUUACACAGUCAUUUACUAAUCCUAUUCAGUUUGGUCUUCCAUCACCAUUUAAUAUUUCCACUCAUGCAAGUGGACCAACCAGUAGUAGUCUAGGUUUUUCUCCUGCUAUUGAACCAUUUUUUCCUCCAGUUGGAAAUACAUCACAUGACUUUAGACAAGAUGAGCAAGAGCUUUUUGAAGAUCCCUGUUAUGUUCCAGAUCCAGUAUCCUUGCUUGGGCCUGUUUCUGAGUCACUUGAUAAUUUUCAGUUGGACUUGGGAAUUGGCUUUGGAACAGACAAUGAAAUGACAAAACCUCACUCUUUGAAAAGCAUAUCUGCUGGUUCUGAUGUUAAUAAGCCAUCUCUGAUUGAAUCCCCAUCAUCCCGAGAAAAGCAUAGCUGUUCUAAUUGGUUUCCAAGUACCCCGAAUGGCCAAGACAAGCAUGGUUUUCCUCUGGAUGAUGCAGCUGCAAAUGAGAAGGGAACAUGGCAGAUGUGGAGUACUUCUCCACUUGGGCAAGAAGGUUUAGGUUUAGUUGGUGGCGCAGGAAGCUGGCUGUUAUCCUCACAAAGGAACAUACCAAACAAGGAUGAUUUUGUGCUUUCUUCAUCUCAGAAGACUAUGGCUUCUCUUUUUAACAAAGAAGAUAACAUAAUUUCCAGUACCCAUUCUCCACAAAAUGUUUUUCUUCCUAAUGGCCAAAGUGGUGAGAACUUCAGCCCUGUUACAGGUUCAAGUGGUUAUGAUCCUUGGUUACAAAGUGCUCUCUUCCCACCAUUGUCAGGUGGCCCUUCAGCUCAGGAGGGAGCCACUCAAAAUGAAACUAUAUAUGGUAGCCCAAGUGGAUCUGCUAGUAGCCAUGGGCUUGAUGGUUCUCCAGCUAACUGUUGGUCCAAAAAGGAAUGGCCUGUACAUGGUUCUGUGGAAAGCAUUGGAAAGUCUGCUGUUUCAAGGCCUUAUAGUGGAGGUCUACACCCAACCUCCGAUGUACAGUCGUUUUGGUCUUUUGAUUAAAAAAGAUGAUAGUGACAGACAGGUUAUGAUGAGGAACUUGAUCUAAAAACAAACAACUGUUCUCUUGAGGCAAAUAGCCUCCUUUGGGGGAAGAGUUUAGAAUACUGAAUCCGCCCAUUGUAUCUUCUUCCUUUCUUCUUUUGUGAAGGAAGAUUUGAUGUUUACUUAACGUUAGCGUCACAAUAGGAAUACAUGUUGUUGGAUGCAUUCUGAGCAAGGCAACAACAAACAAAGAGAGGUGCCCCCAUUUUGUCCUUUGGAGAAUGGUGCUUCACAUUCCCACUUGUGUCAUGAUGAUGUCUUAAUGAGAAAUGAACUGAUACUAACUUACAUGACCCGCUGCCAAUGGAAUAUAGUCGUGUUUCUGUAACGUCUCAUUAUUAUGAAUCCAGCUGCAUCUUUAAUCA